AUGCAAGUGACCGCUACAAGCUGCAAGACAGGCCGCAUCUGCGACGGAUAUGAUAGUCCUCCGGCAAAGGGCGUCACCACAUCGUCUCUGACACUGACUCGCAUUGCUGCCUCGUCCAGUACGACCCAAGAAGUUCGAGCAUUGCAGUUCUUCGUUGAACGUACUGCUGUGCAGUUCGGAACAUUCGUGCCCGACGACUUGUGGAGCAGCCGAGUGCUCCAAUUAGCCCAUUCAAACACCUGUAUACGACAUGCCUUGGUUGCAUUGUCCUCUUAUCAUGAGAGAUACUGGAGCCAUGAUGUUGGCGGCGAAACACCAUAUGGCCUGCGACAGUACAAUUUGGCCAUCAGUGAGCUUGUUAAAUCGGGGGCCGAGCGACCGUCUUAUCUCCAUAUCCAACUGGUUUCUUGCACAAUAUUCAUAUGCAUCGAGAUCCUCCGGAGAAAUAUAAGCAAUGCCAUAUAUCUCUUCAAAUACGGCUGUAGAAUGAUCGAGGGAGCUAUGAAGCAGGUCAGAAAGGGCGGAUACGUUGGUGGUGCUACUGGAAUAUCAAUUGAGCCUGUUAUUAGGCUUGUCGAAGCCUUUUUUGCUCGUAUAUCAACUCAAGUCUUUCUAGCUAUCGGAGGCGAUGUUGAUCACACUCUCGCCGACAUCAUUUCGCCCAUGCUAAAGCUUCGCAUGGUAACCAUGACGCACAAGCUUGCACUGUCGUCAAUUCAAGAGGCGCGGGAUUCGUUGCUAAAUCUUGCCUUGCAGUACAGACGCGACAUGUCAACGGCGCAGUCCAAAGCCUUGAGUAUCAAAUUCGACACCUGGAUGGAGGCAUUUGAGGCGUUUCGCAGGACUGUCGACCGGAACAGCCUGAACUCGACAGAAAAGCGAGCGUUUGCACUGCUAGAACUGCACAAACGAUACUUGUAUAUCAAUAUCGCGGCAUUGAAUCAACCCGACCGUGAAGAUCCGUCAAUGUGGGACUUGUGGACAGACGAGUUCCGCAAAAUGGUCGAGUUUGCCACAGAGGCUGGCGGACUUGAUGCUGCAGACGCAGCAGCGGGUCAACAACCGCAAUUUUAUAUGGAAAUCGGGAUCCUGCCAGCACUGUUCUUCCUGAGUUCUAAAUGCCGAGAUCCAGAGGUGCGACGGCGAGCAAUAGAGAUCAUGGAGACCAAUCAUAUUCAAGAAGGCAUAUGGAAUAGUAAGAUGGCGGCCAAGGUCGCCAAGAGAGUCAUUACGCUCGAGGAAGGCGAGUUUAUCGUCAAGUCGAGCAACGACGUCGACGACCUGGCUCGAGUGCGUCGUGUAGCGGUCCAUGCUGGUCCUGAGGUGGCUUAUCUGAAUGUAGGCUAUGAACUGCACUGCGGUUGGGUUCAGGAGGAGCUUGACUGA